GAGGUAAAGCAGGAAUUAAUAAGCUACCCUCAACUUCAGAAAACAUCUAUACCAGCACUAUCAGAAAAACAGCCCAACCAGCCCCCAAGACCAGUUGAUAAGGAAUUUGAAUCCAAGAAGCGGGAAGAAGGACAAGAACCACGCUUGGGGCACCAAAAGAGAGAAACAGAAAGGUAUUUGCCUCCUUCUCGAAGGGAAGGGUUUGCCUUCCGAAGAGACCGAGAGAAGGAGCCAUGGUCUGGCGAGACACGCCAGGAUGGAGAGAGCAAAACAAUCAUGCUAAAACGCAUCUAUCGUUCCACUCCACCUGAGGUGAUAGUGGAAGUACUGGAGCCCUACGUCCACCUUACUACUGCCAAUGUCCGCAUUAUCAAGAACAGAACUGGCCCUAUGGGCCACACCUAUGGCUUUAUUGACCUCGACUCUCAUGCGGAGGCUCUGCGUGUAGUGAAGAUUUUGCAGAAUCUUGAUCCACCCUUUAGCAUUGAUGGGAAGAUGGUAGCUGUAAACCUGGCCACUGGAAAACGAAGAAAUGAUUCUGGGGACCAUUCUGAACAUAUGCACUACUAUCAGGGUAAAAAAUAUUUUCGAGAUAGGAGGGGAAGUGGCAGAAAUUCAGACUGGUCUUCAGAUACAAAUCGACAAGGACAGCAGUCAUCAUCUGACUGCUACAUAUAUGAUUCUGCUACCGGCUACUAUUAUGACCCCUUGGCAGGAACUUACUAUGACCCCAACACUCAGCAAGAAGUCUACGUGCCCCAGGACCCUGGGUCACCUGAGGAAGAAGAAAUCAAGGAAAAGAAACCUACCAGCCAAGGAAAGUCAGGUGGCAAGAAGGAAGCAUCUAAAAGAGAUGGCAAGGAGAAAAAAGACAGAGGUGUGACAAAGUUUCAGGAAAAUGCCAGUGAGGAGAAGCCGCCUCCAGAAGAUGUCUUUAAGAAGCCCCUGCCUCCCACUGUGAAAAAGGAAGAGAGUCCCCCUCCACCUAAGGUGGUAAACCCACUAAUUGGUCUCCUGGGUGAAUAUGGAGGAGACAGUGACUAUGAGGAGGAGGAGGAGGAGGAGCAGACCCCUCCCCCACAGCCUCGCACAGCCCGGGAGGAGCUGACCAAAAAGGAGAGCGAAGAAGACAAACUCACUGACUGGAAUAAACUAGCUUGUCUGCUCUGCAGAAGGCAGUUUCCCAAUAAGGAAGUUCUCAUCAAACACCAGCAGCUCUCAGACCUGCACAAGCAAAACCUGGAAAUACACCGGAAGAUUAAACAGUCUGAACAGGAGCUAGCCUAUCUGGAGAGGAGAGAACGGGAGGGCAAGUUUAAAGAAAGAGGAAAUGAUCGCAGGGAAAAGCUCCAAUCUUUUGAUUCUCCAGAACGGAAACGGAUUAAAUACGCCAGGGACACUGACAGUGAUCGUAAACCUGUGGGUAAAGAAGUUAUCGACAAUAGCAGCAAAGGAAGCUGUAUCCAGCAAGCCACUGGCUGGAAGAAGGGUACAGGCUUGGGAUAUGGUCAGCCUGGCUUGGCUUCAACAGAGGAGACUGAAGGCCGGACAAGGGGGCCCAGUGUGGGGACCCCAGGAAGAACUAGCAAGAGACAGUCCAAUGAGACUUACCGAGAUGCUGUGCGAAGAGUCAUGUUUGCUCGGUAUAAAGAACUCGAUUAAAGAAUGGAGACAAGUCCCACAGGACACAACCUCCUUGUUUUGUUUGUCCAUCUCCUUUUGUUUUGUUACUGUUCUUGCUGCUAGAACUUUUUUAAAUAAACUUUUUUUCAAUGUGAUUA